AUGGAUGGUGGUCAGCAGCUAAAGGUCACCCUUAUUUUCAGCCUUCCUCUAAUUUUUCAGUUCUGCACUGGGAACAAUGUCACUGAUGACUAUGACUUCAACACCACCAUUGACUACAGCAUGUUUGAGACCCUGUGUGAGAAGGAGGAAGUCCGUAACUUCCGCGCUGCCUUCCUCCCAGCCAUGUACUCCCUCAUCUGCUUCACAGGGCUGCUGGGGAAUGGGCUGGUGAUGCUCACCUACAUCUACUUCAAGAGGCUCAAGACGAUGACAGACAUCUAUUUGCUGAACUUGGCUCUGGCAGACAUUCUCUUCUUGCUGACCCUCCCCUUCUGGGCCACAAGCGCAGCCAUGUACUGGCUUUUUGGGGAGUUUGCCUGCAAGGCUGUCUAUUGCAUCUGCAAAAUGAGUUUCUUCAGUGGGAUGCUGCUCCUCCUGUCUAUCAGCAUCGACAGGUACUUCGCCAUCGUUCAGGCUGCCUCAGCCCACCGCUUCCGUCCCCGGAUGAUAUUCAUUAGCAAGGUCACAUGCAUCCUCAUUUGGCUCCUGGCCUUCAUCCUCUCAAUCCCUGAGCUGGUUCACAGUGGUUUGAAUCAAUCAGGCCACCAUCCCCAUUGUUCCAUCAUUGCUAAUGACUUGAAGGCCUUCAGCACUGGCAUCAAAGUGUCACAAAUGAUUUUUGGCUUCUUAUUUCCCCUGGUGGUCAUGUGUGUCUGCUACCUCAUCAUCAUCAAAACAUUACUGCAGGCGCGCAACUUUGAGAAGAAUAAAGCCAUCAAGGUCAUCAUCGCUGUGGUAAUUGUCUUCGUUGUCUUCCAGCUGCCCUACAACGGCAUCAUGCUGGCCAAGACCAUCUCAGCCUUCAACAACACCAGCUCAUGUGAGGAGAGCAAGAAGCUGGACAUAGCAGAUGACGUGACCUACACCCUGGCCUGCUUCCGAUGCUGCCUCAAUCCUUUCCUCUACGCCUUCAUCGGCGUCAAAUUCCGCAAUGACCUCUUCAAGCUUCUGAAGGAGCUGGGCUGCCUGAGCCAGGAGCGCCUCUGGCAGCUGACCACCUGCCGCGACAGCAAGAGGUAUUCCUCUGCCCUGGAGACAGAGACCACCACCACUUUCUCCCCAUGA